UGUUACAAUAGUUCUGGGUAUUGGGUAGUGCUUAUUAUUCGAUUUGAGUUUACAACAGCUAGUCGCACUAAGGCUACUUUUAACAACUUAACAAUUUUCUACCAAUUUCUUUGACAAAGACUAUCUUCUUUACCAAUUUCAACAAAAUGCGUGAAGUAAUAUCAGUUCAUGUGGGUCAGGCGGGAGUGCAGAUCGGAAACGCCUGCUGGGAACUGUACUGCUUGGAACACGGAAUAAGACCCGAUGGAUAUAUGGGUGGGGGUGAGGAUGGGAUGGCAACCAGUCCAAUCGCUGGCAAGGGGGGAAGUGUGGAUGACUCAUUCUCCACCUUCUUCAGCGAGACAGGAGGGGGCAAGCACGUGCCCAGGGCCAUAUUCGUCGACCUAGAGACUACCGUCAUUGACGAGAUCCGAACUGGACACUACCGGCAACUGUUCCACCCGGAACAACUGCUCACCGGGAAGGAAGACGCCGCCAACAACUACGCCCGAGGACACUACACCGUCGGCAAGGAACACCUUGACCCCGUCCUCGACAAGAUCCGAAAACUUACCGAGAACUGCACCGGACUCCAAGGGUUCCUGCUAUUCCACUCCUUCGGAGGCGGAACCGGGUCCGGAUUCACUUCGCUUCUCAUGGAGCGACUCUCGGUGGAUUAUGGAAAAAAGUCGAAACUUGAGUUCGCUGUCUAUCCAGCGCCUCAAGUCGCGACAGCAGUCGUGGAACCAUACAACUCCAUCUUGACGACGCACACGACUCUUGAGCACUCAGACUGCGCCUUCAUGGUUGACAACGAGGCCAUUUAUGAUAUAUGCAAGCGCAAUCUGGGAAUCGAACGCCCGUCGUAUAUCAACUUGAACCGACUCAUAUCUCAAGUGGUCUCCUCAAUCACCGCUUCGUUGCGGUUCGACGGUGCCUUGAACGUCGACUUGACUGAGUUCCAGACGAACUUGGUACCCUACCCGAGGAUCCACUUCCCUCUGGCGACGUUCGCGCCUAUUAUUUCAGCCGAGAAGGCGUUCCACGAGCAACUGAAUGUGCAGGAGAUUACUAACGCGUGUUUUGAGCCUUUUAACCAGAUGGUCAAGUGUGAUCCUAGAAGGGGGAAGUACAUGGCGUGCUGCAUGUUAUACAGAGGAGACGUGGUGCCUAAAGACGUGAAUGCUGCAAUCGCCCAAAUCAAGACCAAAAGAUCGAUCCAAUUCGUCGAUUGGUGUCCAACAGGGUUCAAAAUUGGCAUCAACUACCAGCCCCCGACUACUGUUCCCGGAGCAGACCUGGCUAAAAUCAAUCGUUCAGUGUGCAUGCUCAGCAACACGACUGCCAUCGCCGAAGCGUGGGCUCGUCUCGACUACAAGUUCGACUUGAUGUAUGCUAAAAGAGCUUUUGUCCACUGGUAUGUCGGGGAGGGUAUGGAAGAGGGCGAGUUUUGUGAGGCAAGAGAGGAUCUGGCCGCACUGGAAAAGGACUACGAGGAAGUUGGAGUCGAUAGUGCCGAUUGCGAGGCUGUCGGAGGCGAGGAGGAAGAUCUAUACUAGCUGUCAUAAUAUUAUUAUAAUGUAUUAUUACUGCUAUUUGUGUUUUAAUUAUAACCAACCAGUUAUGAUGCAAACCACAUGAGUAACAAUAACUAUUGCAAAAAUGAAACAAAAAAAAGAGAAACCAAGAUUUCCAAAAAAAAUUCGAAAAGG